GAGGUACAUAAAAAUUGCCUCUUUUUUUCCUUCACGUCUCCGUCCGUAUAACAUGUUCAAAAAGUUUCUAGCAAGUCCGAGUCAUGGCGCUACCUAGCCGUUUUGCCUCUCUCAGCUACUGUUUAUUUAUUUAUUUAUUAUAAAAAAAUUCAGCGACAGCGGUAACUAUAGAUCACAAAACUAGCUCAAAAAAAGAAGAAAAAAAAGAUGGGGUUAGAGUCGUUUUCUAUCUCAUCAGUCUCUCCUCUCAUUCUGGCUAAAAGUAAUUGUUGUUCAGGAAGGGAAACAACUGCGAGAAGAAAUCCCAGAUGGGCGUUGACCCCCAAAUCCUCGAAUUUACAAAACGUAAAGUAUUCAUCAAGAAGAAGCUUGUGUUUAAACAGCGGGGAUGGUGGAAUUAUGAAGACGAACCCUCGAGGGAAUGGGGUCUUUGUGGGCGACAAAGACGGUGUCAUCAUUGUUGACCAUGGCUCACGUCGUAAAGAAUCAAAUCUCAUGCUCAAUGAGUUUGUGGCCAUGUUUAGAGAUAAAACUGGGUACCUAAUUGUGGAGCCUGCUCAUAUGGAGCUGGCUGAGCCCUCGAUAAGAGAUGCUUUUGGUUUGUGUGUUCAACAAGGGGCGAAUCGUGUGAUCGUGAGCCCAUUCUUUCUCUUUCCAGGACGACAUUGGCACCGGGAUAUUCCUACAUUGACUGAUGAAGCUGCUAAGGAGCAUCCUGGUGUCUCAUAUCUCAUAACUGCACCUCUUGGCUUGCAUGAGCUACUUGUGGAUGUUAUGAAUGAUAGGAUAAACUACUGUUUAAGCCAUAUAGCAGGAGAUGCAAAUGAAUGUGCAGUUUGUGUUGGAACAAGCAAAUGCAAGCUCUAUUAGUCUAACUGAAAACCAAGAGGCAUCUGGGAAAAUCGAAGAAUCUAUCAUGCUAUUGCUUUGCAGUUUUAAUUUAAGGAGCUGAACAAACAUAUGGAGCCAAUCAAGAAAAAUGCGUGACAAGUGGAUUAUACUGAGAGAUAUCGCUGGUGUUACUGCGGGACACAAACGAUCCUUUCUACAAGUUAUAGUUCAUGGCAUUUCAUGUGAUCUUCUAAUUCUGGCAUUCUCUGUUGCACUUUGCACUGGUGACACUGAUUUAAAAGAACUCUUGAAGCAUUGAUGUGGAUGUAAUUUGGCUGUUGUUCCUGGGAGUUGGAAUAGCUUGAAAUUUAUAUGCUUCCUGAAUAUGACCGACUGGAGUGUGAAAUGUUUCGGUAUGGUAAUGACCAUGGUGAACAUUUGUUGAUGUAUUUAUUCUUAUAGUGGUGCUGUGCAUUUCCUGAAAUAUAUUUUUAUUAUAUUCAAUGAAAAAUUUACACUCUUAUCUCGUGCUA